UCUGAGAUAACAGCCUAUUUAAGGAAAGGAUGUGUUUAGUGAAAAUUUAAUUUUCGAAUGAUAAUGAAAGGAAUCAUUGUGUUGUGAGGUAUGCAGUUAAGAAGAGGCGUUCAGUGAAAAUUUCGAGUUUGAUUUUGUGGAACACAAUCUAACGGAAUUGUUAUUUCUUGUUGGUUGAGAAGAGAUAGUGGAAUUACUUCAGACAACAUAAUUACAGCUGCUGGGAAGCACUUGAUGGAUACAAGGCUAAUCAAUAUUUCGGCUACCGUGCGGAUUCUUCGAAAAGUUUUCUACGGAAACUGCCGCAUCCACCACCCAAUUUUGAAAUAAACGAAAUCCAUAGUAUGAAAAUUAACUUUGCGAAUUUCUCGCCGGGAGACACGUUUCCAAACUUAUAAUGGCUCAGAGCGUACGCCACUUUACAACAGCCCUGGGCGUUUUUAUUCAGUUACUUUUUAACAUUUUCAUAGCUGCAGUUCUGGUUCAGGGUGGUGGACAUAAUCAAGACACCGCUGCCGAAGUACAACCGGAAUUUUUAGCACAACUGAAUAAUUUCAGCGUGACACAAGGACGAGAUGUUUCAUUUACGUGCAUCGUUAAUAAUUUGGGACAGUAUCGGGUUGCCUGGAUUAAAUCGGAUACGAAAGCGAUACUAGCCAUACAUACUCACAUGGUGGCUCUAAAUCCAAGAUUAUCAGUGACACAUAAUGGUCACAACACCUGGAAACUCCACAUAUCUCAUGUUCAACUGAACGAUUCCGGAAGCUACAUGUGCCAAGUGAAUACGGAUCCUAUGAAAUUUCAGUCGGGCUACCUUAGCGUCGUCGUGCCACCUGAUAUCCUGGACGAGGAGGACGUUUACAGUGAAUCACCGCCGCGAGGAGCAAACAACGAGGGUGGAACAAUUCAACUUUAUUGCCGAGCAACGGGAGUGCCAUCGCCGACGGUACAAUGGAGGCGAGAAGACGGCAAGGAUAUUAUUCUUAGGAGUGAAUCAAAAGACAAGCGAGUGCCAGUUGCUGUUAAAGCGGUGGAAGGUGAAAGGCUCAUAUUAAAUCAGGUACAUCGGACGGAUAUGGGCGGAUACCUGUGCAUAGCAUCGAAUGGAGUUCCGCCGUCGUGCAGCAAACGAUUUGAUGUACAUGUUAACUUUCCACCAACUAUCAAAGAAGUCGUUGACGUAAUGGUGUCUCCUGUCGACAGUGACGUUACGCUACAAUGCAUUGCUGAAGUCUUCCCAAAACCUCUAAACGGCUGGCAUAGAAACGAAACGAAAAUUAAAAUUCAUGAUGGCUCCAAGUACAGCAUCUCGGAGGCUCUCAUACGCAACUCUUACACUUGGCAGCUGAAUCUCACCAUUCGAAACGUACAAAAGAGCGACUUUGGUGUCUACGUUUGUUCGAGCGUGAACGCAUUGGGAAAACGCGAGGCAUACGUCAGUCUAAAAGAAUUCAUUCCAGAGAAGACAACUCCUAUUCCACAUGUAUAUACAACCCCGAAACCGCGAAGAAAACUAACAACGCAAUAUAACAAAAGUUUGAACGAGGUUGUUCGUCCGAAGGAACCGGCAAUAUCGAAUCACAUUCCGAAUACCGAUUUUGCUGUUGGUUUACCAGAAGUUCAUACUCAACUUCCGACCAGAAAUGGAUUUGAAAAGAUGCGAAAUACUCAAAUGCCGUCUGUCGGUGUUACAUCGAAUCCGGGUUGGGUCUACCAUAACCGGGCCCAGAUGCACACAAGUGACAAUUUUCCAAAUUGAGUUGACGAUGACAACGACAACGAUGACGACGGUAACGACAACAAAUGCGGCAACAAUAAGGAUGACGUAGAGUUAGGCUCCUUCGCAUACUGUAGGCGGAAUUACGGAAAUCCACGGAGUGAGACUUUGAAGGCGUCAUGUAUAUGUAUGUAAGCUUAUUUGAAUUAAUUCUCUUGAAUAGAAAUAUAUAUGGAAGAGGGUAACAGGAUGAAAUCAGAACAAGUUGAAGAAAUAUGUCGAUGCAUGGAUAAAUGCAGAAGGGAAAGUUUAUUCAUUUCCUUUGUAAAUAAAAACAGUGAAACCAUGUGAAACCGAUUGAAUACUUUGAAAAAAUUACGUUCAUUAGCUAAAAACGAAUUUAUAUCAAUAUAAAAACGAAAAAAAAAAAAUAUUGUAAAGAUAUUCGAACAAACAAAAACAUCUAAUAUGAAACCAGAUAAAAAGUCUAAUCUAGAUGUAAGUGAACAUAAUAUCUUGAUGAAGAGUUUAUUGUUAACUUCGAUAUUAUUUUCACCCACAGACCGGAGGGAGGUAUAUUAGUUGUUAAGAGACUACAUAUAAACAUAUUUAAUGCCUUCCUUUUCAAGUAAAAUUCAAGAUUAUCUAAAAGAAACGAACAAAUGACAACAAUUGAUUCAAUCGACUUACGUAUCAUUUUAAAACCAACAUGCAACAUGUAUUUCUUAGGACAUAUUUUAUAAAGUCAAACAUCUAACUGAGAAAUUCGUUAACGAAAUAUUUUAUGUAAAAAAACUGUUGAAUGACUAAAGAAGUUUCAAACUGUAUAUUUAAGUAAUAUUUAAAAAAAAUGAUACAGGACAA